AAAAAGAAAAAGAGAAGAAAACUCCCCAAACAGCAAAAACAAGAAGCCUUACUGCGUGUGCUGCUCUCAAAAAAUGGACCUUCCAAAGGACCAAAUCACUGCUCUUCUUGAUAAUGCUCUCUUUAAUUCUGCUCAGCUUCUCGGUUCUUUUCUUGUUUCAUCAUCUACCGUCAAUGCUGAAACUAGUCCACAUCUCAAGGCUGAAAAUCUGAUACUUCUUGGCGAAGCUUUGUUUCGAGAGAGAGAGUACCGUAGGGCAAUCCAUACAUACAAGCAAUCCUUGCAGUAUUACAAGAUUAUUCCCAAGCAAAAUUCAACAUCUUCUAGAAGUUCAUUGACUGCCUCAAACAGGUCUUCAUCUCCAAAUUCUUUUAACAUUUCAGCAAUAAAUGAAAUGAGGUAUUUUCUCCUUCCAAUCAACUUUGAGGUGAAGUUCAAAAUUGCCUCUUGUCAUUUUGCUCUAAGUGAAACCGAAGUGGCCCUUGUCGAGAUGGAGGGAAUUCCUAGCAAAGCAAGAAAUUUGCAGAUGAGCUUAUUAAUGGCAAAGCUUUAUCGGAAUACUAAACGUACCCGUGGUGCAGUUACUUGUUACAGGGAAUGUUUAAGGCAAUGCCCUUACGUCAUUGAGGCCAUCAUAGCCUUGGCUGAAUUAGGGGCCAGUGCCAAGGACAUAAUUUCAUUGUUUCCUCAGACUCCCAAUCGAGGUGGAAGGGCUCAUUUUGAUCAUAGUGACUCAAGCCGUUGGCUGCAACGGUAUGUUGAGGCACAAUGUUGCAUUGCUUCAAAUGAUUACAAAGGUGGUUUGGAACACUUUGCAGAACUUUUGCAACGGUUCCCUAAUAACACUCACAUAUUACUUGAAACGGCAAAGGUUGAAGCCAUCAUUGGAAAAACUGAUGAGGCAAUAAUGAAUUUUGAGAAGGUUCGCUCAAUUGAUCCUUACAUUGUGACUUACAUGGAUGAGUAUGCCAUGCUUCUAAAGCUGAAGUCUGAUUAUUCAAAGUUAAACAAGUUAGUGCAUGAUUUGCUGAGCAUUGAUCUUACAAGACCGGAAGUUUUCGUGGCUUUAUCGGUUUUGUGGCAAAAGAAAGAUGAGAGAAAUGCUCUAUCUUAUGCUGAAAAGAGCAUCAAAAUUGAUGAUAGGCACAUUCCCGGCUACAUAAUGAAGGGAAACUUGCUCUUGUCAUUGAAGAGGCCAGAAGCUGCUGUAAUGGCCUUCAGGGGAGCUCAAGAAUUGAGAGCUGAUCUCCGUUCUUAUCAAGGUUUAGUUCAGUCCUAUCUGGCAUUUUCUAAAGUCAAGGAGGCCCUCUAUGCUGCUAGAGAGGCGAUGAAGGCCAUGCCUCAGUCUGCAAAGGCUCUGAAAUUAGUUGGUGAUGUUCAUGCCAGCAAUUCCGGUGGUAGGGAGAAGGCAAAAAAAUUCUAUGAAUCAGCCCUUAGGCUUGAACCUGGUUACCUUGGAGCUGCAUUAGCUUUAGCCGAGCUCCAUGUUCUUGAGGGCCGGAAUGGAGAUGCUGUAUCUCUUCUCGAGCGUUGUCUCAAAGAUUGGGUUGAUGACUCUCUUCAUGUCAAAUUGGCUCAAGUAUUUGCUGAUACAAAUAUGUUUCCAGACUCUUUGUCACAUUAUCAAUCUGCAUUGAGAAUAAAUCCUCAGAAUGAAGCUGCAAAAAAGGGUCUAGAACGCCUGGAAAAACAGAUGAAGGGGGUGGAUCCCGAUGCACCUGAAGAAGAGGAAGAAAAUGAGGUUGAAGAUGCAGAUGCAGAACAAGAAGAGACCGAGCUUUUAUAGAAUUUGUAACCAAUGUCUUCAAUGGUUAUCAAACCACUUGAGCAUUAUCGAUAUUUUCGAGAAUAAAACCCGAUGAUGAACCAAGGUGAGGCUCCCGGCUCCAUACUCUGCACCAGCAAAUUUAGAAUGAGGAUACUGGAUACCAGAAAUCAACGUGCGGUUGAAAUUUGAACAGAAGUUUGAAAUCAUUGUUCGGUAGUUGGCUUGUAUAUUGAAUCAAAUUCAUUGUUACGAUAAGAGUUCCUAUAAUUUUGCUUCCCUCGUUAAUUGA